GGACCUCUAUUUUUAUCAUGACAAACUCUCCAACUUAUAAUAAAGGAUUAUAGAGUCUCAUUUCUUUACUUGCUUUAUUUUCCCAAUUACUUUUCCCUUUUUAUUUCUCAAUUAUCACAUUUUUUUAAAUGAAUUCUCUUGACCUCAACAACUCUGCUGCUUCUGGUGCUUCCGGUUCUGAUUCCGCUGGUAACUCUAUCGAUGCCAACCCUAACUCUGGUUCCCCCGUUGCUGCACCUCUCACUGGUACGUCUACCGACGCUACUACCUCUGUCAAUCUUCCUCAGUCCUCUGUUGAAUCGGAGCCUAUGGAAAUUGAUAACCCCGAUAAAGUCGAACAUUCUAAUUCCUCUUAUUCGUUCACUCCCUCUUCAUUCGCUGAUCCAGUCGGUACUCAUGUAUCUUCUGUACCUAUCCCAAACCCUGUUCGCAAUACGUUCGAUGAGGACGCCGAUCAAGUUUUGGCUAGAAUCAGUGAUAUCAACAAGUACAUUCGUGAACUUUACGAGAAAGAAGCUACUAUCAUGCGUACUGAUACCAGUACCAUUCCCGAGUUUCAAAUCCGUGAAUACAAGAUCAAGUCAAUUGCUCAUGACUUGGAGUACUACCGCAAGGCUCUUGUUUCCGCCAACAGUCUUUUCGCCUCUUUCAAGGAUACAUCUGUAAACUUGUUAGCCAAUCAAACUCAAGUCUUGUCUCUCGAAUCACAGGCCGACAAGGUGGUCAAGGAUCAUACGGACAUUCCCGCUAAGGAUAUUCCUGUUUUUGAUGUCUCAUUCCCGGAUCAUAUCUCUCAUCCCGAUAUCCACGCCGUCGAUGACCACUCUUUGCAAACUUUCAUCAGAAAGUUUGAACGUGCCUACCUCAAUUAUGGUGUUAACAUCGAACUUCACUGGCUUUUCCAUCUAGAAGCUAGCUUCGAAAACAACAACUCAUAUAACUCUUGGUUUAUACAAAACUUCAAGUCCACCUCAAGAAACAAGCCAAAGACUUGGAAUGAAGCCAAGGCUACCUUAGAAUGCCGCUUUGAUCCUGUUGCUCGUCUGGGUCUCAUUAAAGUUAAUUUUAUGUUACACAGUAUGCGAAUGUACACUACUGAGCAGCUGGCCCAGUACAUGGAUCGUUUUGGUGCUUGCGUCCACGCCGCUAAGGUCCAACCCAAUGACAACUUUUUCUUCACCAUUUGCUUCCUCUCUUCUCUUCACACUAAGGAAUUCCAGGAUAAGGUGCAAGAACGCAUGGCCGAUUAUAUGAAGGAGCAAAACUUUGGCUCUACCUCUACUAUGGUCAGCAAAUAUGCAACGUACAGUGAAGUACAAUUUUACGAGUACUAUAGCAACUUCAAUCGUGUUGCUGAAGCUAUCAACAGCAACCUCGGUCCUUUGGAGAAUAUUCUUAAGGAAAUCCAAUCCAAGUAUGCUGGUUCCAAAGCUUUCUCGUCCUCUUCGGUUGGUUCCCCAUCUUCCUACUCCGCUUCCGACUCCACUUCCGGUUCUUCUUCUGGUUCCUCAUCUAAAGACGCUCACAAGAAACGUAAGUUCGACGACAAAGGCAAGGGAAAGGACAAGGACCCCAACAACUUCAACUUCGAAAACCUCUACAACCCAUCUUACAGACUUAACGAUCAAGAACGUAUGUAUUUACGUAAGAAGAAUCAAUGCUUGUCUUGUCGGGUUACCAAGUUUUCUGUUCAACACAUGAACGAGUGUGCUGAACGCAAGAAGUUCCUUGCAAAUAAGAUAAUUACUAAUAGUGGCACUCAUGCUCCUAUUUUAUCGAAUAACCUUAAUGAAUCUAUUACUGACAUUUCUUCUUCUAAUUGUAGCAACACCAAUAAUCCCGAAGAAGAUAUGAGCGCCGAAUUGUUUCCUCUUGAAGACGACAACGAGUUCCUUGCUGCGUACAAUAGUUUAGAUUCGUUUAUCAUUCAUGAUAACGAUGAAAUAGAAUUAAAUAAUAACAACACUUUUUUCAAUAAAAAUAUAUUUUCCAUAAAAAUUAAUUCUGAUUCUUCUACUUGUCUUAAUAAUUUUUCUUUAAAAAGUAAUACAGUCGGUGACACAAAUAACCCCUUUGACUCAAACAACGUGGCUUAUUCUCCGGUUACUCCAAUUAUUAUUAAUUCAGUGAAAUCUUACUGUACCAUCGAUACAGGAGCCCAGAUUUCUGUCAUGAACAAGCAAUUUGCCGUUGAUAAUAAUAUUGAAUUUGAGCAAACAGAAGGAACUUUAUUGUUCGCUAAUGGUACCAAAAUUCAACGUCAACGCACUACUCAUUUUUAUCACUUGACUACAAUGGUGUUGAAAAACAAGUGCUGCACAAAUUUGACAUCGUCGACAAUAAGUACUUAUCAUCAUCCAACCAAAUACUCAUUGGUGUGGAUCUACACUACUAAACAAGUCGAUGACUCAAUUGAUGAUCAAGCUUACGUCCCUAACGUAACUCCUUUCGGAACAGAAAAAGAACAGCAUGCUUUAAUUUAG